AUGAGAUUAUCUUUACCGAUUUCGUUGGCCCUGGUUGCCUCCAUCCAGGCCUUUACGGCUCAACAGAACGCUUUUCUUUGCACCACCACAAGCACAAGCACAAUCACCCACACACAUCUCUUUUCCAGCAGCACGGCUACUACGUUGGAGAAACCCAAAACGAACAAUAAAAAUGCUCCUCCCACGGAAGAUGCCGAAGUUUACGGAACGACCGUCGGCGACACCAAAGGCGCGGCACUCCGACUCGAAAAUGUGGCGAUUAGCCGUGGCGCCAGUCCUCUACUCAACAACAUUGAUUGGAGCGUCCAACCCAACGAACGAUGGGGGAUUGUUGGAGUCAAUGGAGCGGGGAAGUCGACCCUGCUGGGAGCCAUUACUGGUACCGUCCGAAUGGACACUGGAAAAGCAUUGGUUCAUUCCAAUGUCCGGGUGGGAUAUUUGAAACAGUCCGCCGUCAGUGGCAGUACCAAAACUGUCUCUGAGGAAGCCCGCAGUGAAAUGACCGCAGUGGAAACAGCCCGCGCGCAAUUGGAGGUGACCAGUAAAGUUGUGGAAGACGGAGAUUAUUCGGAAGAAGCAUUGGAGGCUCUUGCCGCGGCCCAAGAAGAAUUUGAAGCUUUGGGUGGUAUGAGGUGGAACAGUUGGUGGAUACCGUCUUGA